AUGUCCUACCGCAUAGCCCGCGGCGAACAAGGCGUCUUAACCUUCGAGCCCUACAAAUCCCUCCUCCUCCCGCACUGGCGCUUCAAAACAGUACCCAUAGCGCGCACCUCCUCCAGCACCCUCAAAGCCGCCUUCGACCACUACGUUUCCGCGCGGGAUUUCGUGGGAGCAGAUAUGGCGCGCAAGUUCAUUCAGAUGGGCAUGACGCGUGCGAAGAGGUAUGCGAAUUAUAAGGGGGGGAGAAAGUAUGAUCGGAGUGAGAGGGAGACGGAACGGGAUGGUGGGAGUAGGAGGCAGUUGGAGAAGAGUGAAGGACAUGUUGGACGGGAGGAGAAGGCGGAGGCUAGUGAGGUUUUUAAGGCGGUGUGGAGGGAGUGUACGAGUGACGAGGGGUAUUUGGGGUUGAAGGAGGAGUUUUUGGCGGAGCAGAAGGAGUGGGAUCGCAGUCAGAGGAAGGUGAAGGAGGAGGUGAAGGAGGAGGAAGAAGAAGAUGAGGAUGGCUGA